AUGACGGAAGAAGCAGGAAUUGAUAUCUCGACCUUAGAUUCCUUAACCACUACAUUAUUGAAGCGCCAUUCUUGGGUAGCCAAAUUUAGCGGCAGAUGGUACUAUAAUACACCAAGCCAGUUGUUACCAAAGCAUCCCAAAAGAGACAGUAUGCUUCUUGAGGACUUUUAUAACUUUCUUAGCAUAGUAUUUGCUGUGGAUGAAAUCAACCGUAACCCCAAUCUACUUCCCAAUGUGACUUUGGGGUACAAUGUAUAUGACUCUUACGUUGAUCUCUUUAGAACGAUCCAAGGUGCUGUUCGCAUCUAUUCAGGAAACACAAAGCAGUUUCCAAAUUAUAACUGUGAUAAAUAUGGUGUUUUAGCUGCUGUCGUUGAUGGGAUGGCCUCUUCAUUUUCUAUUCAGUAUUCUAAUAUAUUUGGAAUGUACAAGCAUCCACAGAUCAGUUUCAUAUCUCAGGAUCCACUUCAGGGUGAUAAAGUGCAGUUCCCCAAUUUCUACCGUGCUGUGCCAAGUGAGAAGACCCUUUAUGCUGCAAUAAUAGCCUUACUGAAUCAUUUCGGCUGGACCUGGAUAGGCAUUAUAUGCCCAGAUGAUGACAGCAGUAUAAAUGCCAUCAAGGAAAUUAAAAAGAUGUUUGAGGGAAAUGGGGGAUGCAUUGAAUUUAUUAAAGUUGUGCCAUCUAUUAACGACUACAGUUCAGAAAGGAUCAUGGACAUUACAAACACCAUUAACAAUGCCACAGCAAAAGCCAUACUUGUCUAUGGGUCUAAGAACUAUGUUUACUAUCUGGAACAAGGUGUUCAUAUUACCAACAUUCCAGGAAAAGUCUGGAUCCAUACUGCAGAAUCUAGCUUCCGAAUGUUAAAUAUAGUAAAUGGAACAAAUGUAAAUGGCUCUCUGUAUUUAAACAUGCAUAAAAAGGAAAUUUCAUAUUACAUUAAAUUUAUCCAUGAAGUUAAUCCCAGUCGAUUUCCUAGUGGAAAGACAUUCACUACUUGGUGGGAUGAAUUAUGUGAAAACCGAUGCCCAUUUAAUCCAAGGAAACGGAACUGCACAGGGGUGGAAAGCGGGAGGUUACACCGUUUCCUGAAAAAAGUCAACUUUACAAACACAAUGGGCCAACAAAUUUAUUUUAACAAUGAUGAAAUAUCUUGCAGAUAUGAUAUUUAUAACGUGGUCUACUUACCGAACAGGACAAUCCUAUCAGAAAAUGUUGGAAGUUUUUAUUCCGACGCACCCCCAGGAAAACAAAUGGCUGUUAAUGAGAAAGCAAUUAUUUGGGAAAAUUCUUUUUCACAGACUCCAAGAUCUGUGUGCAGUGGAAAGUGCCCACCGGGAAAGAGAAAAUCAGUCUGGGAGGGGAAACCAGCUUGUUGCUAUGAUUGCUUGCCAUGCCCAGAAGGGGAGUUUUCCAAUGAGACAGAUGUGGAUGUGUGUACAAAAUGUCCAGAAAACCAGUGGCCCAAUAAACAGAAGACAUCCUGCAGCCUGAUGGACAUAACAUUCCUGUCUCAUAGUGACCCAAUAGGAAUUACUCUGACAGUUAUAGCAAUAGUAUGUUUCUUUACCUCUGCCUGGGUCUUGGGAAUAUUUAUGAAGUAUCAGAACACCCCAAUUGUCAAAGCAAAUAACCGGGAUCUCAGCUACCUUGUACUGAUAUCACUAAUGUGCUCCUUCCUCUGCUGUCUGAUCUUCAUAGGCCGCCCAGAGCAACUGACUUGCUUCUUACAGCAAGCUAUUUUUGGAAUAACCUUUACAAUUUCUGUUUCUUCCCUUCUGGGCAAAACAUUUAUUGUUGUGGUGGCGUUUAAUGCGACCAAACCAGGAAACAAUUUAAGAAAAUGGGUUGGGGCUAAAAUUCCCAAAUACAUUGUCAUAACUUGUUCAGCCAUUCAAGUGUGUAUCUGCCUCCUAUGGUUGGUUAUAUCACCCCCUUACUCAUACUAUAACAAGGAUUCUGAACCCGGAAUAAUCAUAGUUAAGUGCAAUGAAGGAUCAGUGACUGCCUUUUAUACAAUACUUGGAUAUCUGUGUCUAUUGGCUUCUGUGUGUUUUGUUGCAGCUUUUCUUGCUAGGAAAUUACCCGACACUUUUAACGAUGCCAAGCUGAUCACUUUUAGUAUGUUGGUUUUCUUUAGUGUUUGGAUCUUUUUUAUUCUUACCUCCCACAGUGCCAAAGGCACAUCAACGGUGGCAGUGGAGGUAUUUGCUAUCCUUGCAUCUAGCUCUGGAUUAUUGGCAUGUAUGUUUGUUCCUAAAUGUUAUAUCAUCUUAAUAAAGCCUGAACAAAACAUGAAAAAGAAUAUGGUAAGAGGAUCUGCUGUCAAAUAAAGUGUCAAUGCAAUUAAUUAACAAGGGGGUUAACAUUUCAGAAGGCGUAAGAAGUCAAAUUUUAGCUUUUGGACUGCUGUGGAUUCUACUACUAUAACUAUGUGUAACAAUGAAAAACAAUUGUGGGUGUUACUACAA